AUGACUGAUAAGCAUUCAACUGAUCAGAAUAAUAAUAAUCAUAACAAGAAAAAAGUUACUGAUAGUAGUGACGAAAAAAUUGAGAAUAGCAAUAAUGGAAUAACAGAAUUGACACAUAAUGCUUACGAUAAAUUUCGAGAUUCAGCAAGCAGCACUUCCUCCAAUAGCCUGAAAAGACAAAAAAAUCGAUUUUGUUCAUCAUCAAUGAAUCAAUUAGGUGGUGAAUUUAUUAAUGGUCGUCCAUUACCAACUGAUACACGUGAACGAAUAGUUGAAUUAGCUGAAAGUGGUGUACGUCCAUGUGAAAUAAGUCGUCAACUUCAAGUAUCACAUGGUUGUGUUAGUAAAAUAUUAAAAAGAUAUCGUCUAUUUGGUACAACACAUCCUGGUUUAAUUGGUGGUUCAAAGCCUAAAGUAGCUACACCUGAUGUUGUCCGACGUAUUCGUGAAUAUAAAGGAAAUAAUCCUCAAAUAUUUGCAUGGCAAAUUCGUGAAAGUCUUCAAAAAGAAGGCAUAUGUCCAUCGGAUAAAUUACCAAGUGUAUCAUCAAUAAAUCGAAUUGUUCGUAGUAAUCGACGAAUUGUUUUUAAUAAUGAUGGAAGUUUUACUGAAUUUGAUUCUGAUUUUGAUUCUCGAGAUGGUAGUGAUAAUGAAAAUGAAAUUUCAAUUAAAUCCGAAUCAAGUCAAAAUUCAUCAUCAUCUCGUUCAUCAAAUAUUCGUCAUCGUGGUGAUUGUCGUUGUGAUGUUUGUAUAAAAAAAUAUAAAUUUGCUCCAUCAUUGUAUAAUAAUAAUACAACAAAAAAAUCAACACCUAUUGAUCAUGAAGAAACAAGUGAUUCGAACAGUAUGUCAAUGACAACAAUCUCUGAUGAUGAUCAAAUAAAACAAUCACCUCCACCACCACCAGCUAUACAUUGUCGUUUAACACCAACAAAUAUUGAUGAUGAUGAUAUUAAACCACUUGAUUUAUCAAAAAAACAAAAUGAACAACCAUUAAACUUAUGUUCAAAACGUAAACGAUCUGUACCUGUUAGUUUAUCAAAACGAAAUAAUACUAAUAAUCCUAAUAUUACUAAUAAUAAUACAUUAAAUUCUUCAUCGAUAUCAACAAAUCCAACAUCAUCAAUGUUUUUGCCAUUUUAUGCAAUGUCACCAUUUUUUGAUUCAAAUCAACAAGAAAUCUUUCAACAAAUGCAAACAUACUAUUUACAAUUACAACAAAAAUUAACGAAGAAUAAAUAA